GCGGCCCUUUAGCUCGUGGUUUGGUUUUUUACUUCCUUCUCGUCAGAGCUGUAUCCGGGUCGUUGCUCUCCCCAUUGUUUCAGCCCGUCGCCCUCAGACUGUGGGGAUUCUGGGUCUUUUGUUGUCUUCUGGUGCAGGAUAAUAAAGUUUUCUGUUCUUUUUAUUUCUGGUUUUUACGGGGGCAGCUCCCCUCGCCGGGCGGCCGGGCGGGCCUGGCGCCUCUGACCCGGGAGCACGGGGGAAGGGGCGGGGUGGGGGUGGGGAGGGACGGUGGCCCGCCCCCGGGGUCGCCCCUGCUCGGCCGGCGCACCGCCCCGCUUAAAUAGCCGCUCUCGGACUGGUCUCCGCGGCCCUCCGCGCGUUCCCGCUGCCUUGCCUCCUGCAGCCUCUCCCUAGGUCUCCUCCAAACGACCACCUCACGGAUUCCUUAUGGAUCGCAGCUCCAAGAGGAGGCAGGUGAAGCCUUUGGCAGCUUCUCUUCUGGAAGCUCUCGAUUAUGAUAGUUCAGAUGACAGUGAUUUUAAAGUUGGAGAUGCUUCAGAUUCUGAAGGGAGUGGUAAUGGAAGUGAAGACCCUUCAAAGGACAGUGGAGAAGGCUCCUGUAGUGAUUCUGAGGAAAACAUUUUAGAAGAAGAACUGAGUGAAGAUAUUAAAGUCAGAGAAGAGCAGCUUAAAAAUUGUACAGAGGAAGAAAUAGUGCCGUCAGGUAAGCAGUUAAUUAGAAUGGAAAAGAAGGAAGAAGAAGAAAAUGGAGAAAGACCUAGAAAGAAAAAGGAGAAAGAAAAGGAAAAAGAGAAAGAAAAGGCAACAGUAUCUGAUAGUGCAGCUGCCUCUGCUGCGGCCACCACAGCCACAAGUCCUCCCGCUGUCACCUCCCCUUCUGUCCCUACCACCACCGCCGCCACCGAGGCCCAAGUCAGUGAGCCCAAGAAAUGGAAUCUUCGUCGCAACCGGCCCCUUUUGGACUUUGUAUCCAUGGAAGAGCUGAACGACAUGGACGAUUAUGACAGCGCGGACGACAACGACUGGAGGCCCACUGUGGGGAAGAGGAAGGGGAGGGCGGCCUCUCAGAGGGACGGCAGUGACGGGGACAAUGAGGACGAUGAAGAUGAGGGAAGUGGGAGUGAUGAAGAUGAGAAUGACGAGGGCAAUGAUGAGGACCAUAGCAGCCCUGCUAGCGAAGUGGGCUGCAAGAAGAAGAAGAGUAAAGUUCUUAGCAGAAACAGUGCUGAUGAUGAGGAACUGACCAAUGAUAGCCUGACCCUAUCUCAGAGCAAGAGUAAUGAGGACUCGCUGAUUCUUGAGAAGAGCCAAAACUGGAGUUCCCAAAAAAUGGACCACAUUCUGAUUUGCUGUGUUUGUCUGGGAGAUAACAGUGAAGACGCAGAUGAAAUAAUUCAGUGUGACAAUUGUGGCAUUACCGUUCAUGAAGGAUGUUACGGAGUUGAUGGGGAGAGUGACUCUAUUAUGAGUUCAGCUUCUGAAAACUCCACUGAGCCUUGGUUUUGUGAUGCCUGUAAAUGUGGUGUUUCUCCUAGCUGUGAGCUAUGUCCUAAUCAGGAUGGAAUUUUCAAGGAAACUGAUGCUGGAAGAUGGGUUCACAUUGUUUGUGCCCUAUAUGUUCCCGGAGUAGCCUUUGGAGAUAUUGAUAAGUUACGACCAGUAACACUAACAGAAAUGAACUAUUCUAAAUAUGGUGCCAAGGAGUGUAGCUUUUGUGAAGACACUCGCUUUGCUAGAACUGGAGUUUGCAUUAGCUGUGAUGCAGGGAUGUGCAGAGCCUAUUUUCAUGUUACCUGUGCGCAGAAAGAAGGCCUGCUGUCCGAGGCCGCAGCAGAAGAGGAUAUAGCAGAUCCAUUUUUUGCUUAUUGUAAGCAACAUGCAGAUAGGUUAGACAGAAAGUGGAAAAGAAAAAACUACUUGGCUCUACAAUCCUAUUGUAAAAUGUCUUUGCAAGAGAGAGAAAAACAACUGUCUCCUGAAGCACAGGCAAGGAUCAAUGCCCGACUACAGCAGUAUCGUGCCAAGGCAGAGUUGGCUCGAUCUACCAGACCGCAAGCCUGGGUUCCAAGGGAAAAGUUACCCAGGCCACUCACAAGUAGUGCUUCGGCCAUUCGUAAACUGAUGCGCAAAGCAGAACUAAUGGGGAUCAGUACAGACAUCUUUCCAGUGGACAAUUCAGACACUAGCUCUAGUGUGGACGGGAGGAGGAAGCACAAGCAGCCAGCUCUCACUGCUGAUUUUGUGAAUUACUAUUUUGAGAGAAAUAUGCGCAUGAUUCAAAUUCAGGAAAAUAUGGCUGAACAAAAGAAUAUAAAGGAUAAAUUAGAAAAUGAGCAAGAAAAGCUUCAUGUAGAAUAUAAUAAGCUCUGUGAAUCUUUAGAAGAACUGCAAAAUCUGAAUGGGAAACUUCGAAGUGAAGGGCAAGGAAUAUGGGCCUUACUUGGUCGAAUUACAGGGCAGAAGUUGAAUGUACCAGCAAUCUUACGAGCACCCAAGGAGAGAAAACCAAGUAAGAAAGAAGGAGGCACACACAAGACAUCUGCUCUUCCUACAGUACUUUAUAGUUGUGGAAUUUGUAAGAAGAACCAUGAUCAGCACCUUCUUUUGCUGUGUGACACCUGUAAGCUGCAUUACCAUCUUGGGUGCCUUGAUCCUCCCCUUACACGGAUGCCAAGAAAGACCAAAAACAGUUACUGGCAGUGCUCAGAGUGUGACCAGGCGGGGAGCAGUGACAUGGAAGCAGACAUGGCCAUGGAAACCUUGCCAGACGGAACCAAACGAUCAAGGAGACAGAUUAAGGAGCCAGUGAAAUUUGUUCCGCAGGAUGUGCCACCAGAACCCAAAAAGAUUCCAAUAAGAAACACGAGAACAAGAGGACGAAAGCGAACCUUUGUUCCAGAGGAAGAAAAACAUGAGGAAAGAGUUCCUCGAGAAAGAAGGCAGAGGCAAUCUGUGUUGCAGAAGAAGCCCAAGGCUGAAGACCUAAGAACUGAGUGUGCAACCUGCAAAGGGACUGGAGAUAAUGAGAAUCUCGUCAGAUACCCUUCAUGAGACCCAACUCUGCCACAGCUCAUCCUCGGAGGCAGUCCCGGAAACCUCUUUUAUAAGUGUGAUUUAAAAAAUGUGGAUAAAACUCUCAAUAGAGCGUAUAACUAAAGGAGAACAGUUAUCUUGUCCUUCCCAUAAACUUAUCACUGUAAAAAAGUGCUUUUGCUUGUCAGGUUUGGAUAGAAUGUAAUUGAUUCAUCUGUUAUAUGGGUAGACAGGCAGUUAAUUUGCCUGUGGAUUUUUUUCUUUUCCUUUUUUCUAUUUUCUUCUUUCUCCCCUUCUCUUUUUUCUUUUCUUUCCUAUUUCUUUUUUUUGUAACAAUACUCAGAAACAGUUGGUGUACACAAUAUUAAAAACUACAGUGGGUAAUGUCUUGUCAAAAUUGUUUUAGUGGGUAAAUGUCUUUCCCCCUUGUUUCUUUGGCACACGACGAUACAGUAUUUGGACUCAAUGAAGACUGAAGGAAGCCAGUGGGACUUACAUGCUCUGUGCUUCCCUGUGCUUGAACAAUUACCUCCGUUAUUUGUUUGUAAAAGGACAAUGCUUGCCACUCAUCUGCAAGUCUGUAUCAACUUAUUUGCUUCAUGUAUUCACACAUGAAAGAAAUUCUGCAGUGAGAACAACUCUAGAUUCAAAUUUAAUAUUAUUCCUAUUUGUGAUAUUCAGCAAAAGUGAGAGACUGGUGAAGAGUACAACUUUCCACUGUUGAGUAGUACAAAAGCACUUGCUAUUAGCAUGGACGUUUUAUAAUUAGAACUUAAGCUCAAGUAAACGUACCAUCUGUGUUAGUCUGUAGGUACUCUUCUCAGAAGUUAUCAGAUUCAUUCCUUAUUGUUUUAUUUGAUACAAACUCUGUGUGCUCCAUAUAAUUUUUAAUUUUUUGAACUCAAAUGUGAAGCUGGGAAAUGAGGGAGAUACAGAGCUUUUGAGUAUACAACCCGCCUGCUGAGAGAUCUUCACAGCACCUGUCUCCUCAGAGGUUUACUGAGCUUACCUUUGAUCUUCACGCUUUACUGGCCCAGUUCUCAGUCAACGGCAGAAAUACUUUGAAUAUUGUACCACUAAAUCUUGAACUGAUUUAGAAGAGACUGCUGAAGUUGAAAUGCACAUACACAUGUAAAUUGUCAAAUUGUCUCUUGGAAUUCCAUUGUUUAUCAUUGUGGGUUUGGAUCUUUCCAGAUUUAGGGGCUUUUGGAAUAGUUUAAACUGUAGGAAUAGAAUAGACAAUGCUGUAGCUAGCCAAUGUAUGUGUAAUUGUAAAAUCGGUGUCUCUAGUAAUCUGUAGUAAUAGGAACCAUAUGAUUGGAUAAAAUGUUUAUUGCACAUGUAGGAAAUAAUAUAUAAAUAUGCUAUUAAUUUAUUGUUAGAUCUUAUGGCACUGGAGAAAAUAUCCAUAAUCAUUAGGAAAAGCAAUAUGGUUUCUUUAAGUAUAAGAAAGAACCAACUGUCAUUACUUAAUUUAUGGAAAAGUUGAUGAACUCCAGCAAAUUUUAUAAAAAAUGACAGUGGCAGAUUAUCAUUUUUCAAAUGAACUGUGCUUUAGGCCAACUGUCUUUUAGUAUAAGGCAAGAAAACGUUAUUGGAUUUUUUACAUUUAGCAUUUUCCCCCCUCUUAUGGGUUUCUGGUUUUUUUUCCUGAGAAAUCAUAGGUAGUAUAGUUACAAUGACAGUGUUAAUUGCAAGCUUUUUCACAUUGGUUAAAAUGUAAAAGGUCUAAUUACCUUCUUCAUAUUUUAGUUUUCAGUGGUAGAUUUUGGUCUUCCAAGUCUUGUAAACAACCCAUGUUACAUGUUUUUCACAUGUUACAGAUAGAAGUGGCACAGUUCCUACAUGAUAGAUUCUUAAGAGUCUCCAUCUUCUGAAAAGAAUAGAAUGAAAUGUUUCCCUUAGUAAACAGUAGAAAGUUAACUUUUGCCCAUUGCUAUUAAAGUUGAAAUUAUUCUUUAUCUAAGAAAAUAUUUCAAAGUGAUUUAUAUCUUAUAAAUAUGAAUAAAAGGAUAACAGCUCAGGUAUUUGACAGUUAUUUGCCACAGAAUAGGAACUGGAAGAAGCAUUGAAGUAGCAGGAAAGCUCUGGGAGAAUACUUGCUUGGUAAAAUGUGUAUAAGCAUGAGGACCAGUACUCGUGUGAACAGCCAGGUGUCAGGAGGCUCUCUGUGGCUUACUGAUCAGACAUUGUGCAGACUGGACAAGUAUCAGGCAAAUGAGAGACCCUAGCUCAAAACACAUGGUUGACAAUUCUGAAGCAGGAAGGCAAACCAGCACACACGCAUGUGGGCACGCACACACACACACACGCACACACCAGGUUACCUACACAGUAUUGGGAAGGAAAUUAAAUGCCUCUAAAUACACAACGGAUGAUAUGGUAGUGAUGCAUCAGAGUCACAGAAAGCAUUAGUUGAGGCUUUGUUGGCUAUCAUCUUCUCAUUGCCCUCCCGUUCCACCAGAACUCCUGUUCUCCCUGCCUCUCUGAAGUUUUUAAUCCUGUAGUUUUCUGAUACGAUGCAAAUAUAUGAAUUUGUAACAGGUUCAAAAUAAUGUUGACUCAACUAGUCAGGGACAUUACUUUGCCAAUAAUUAAUGUAGUUAUUUGUUUAAAAUAGUCAUAUAUUCAGUAUUGAUUAAUAAUGAGUAUGGAUGUCUUUAAGGGGCUCAGAUAUCUCAAAAUAUUUUUUUCCAGACAGUUUGUAGAAAAGUAAUUUCUUCCCAAACACAUAAGAUGAAACUUUUUUUAUUUUUAAAAAUUCAUUUAAAUAUUUAUUUCACAAAUAGAGCAGUACUGCAUGCCCAAAAUAUCAUUGACUUUUUGUUUUUUAGGAUUAUGUAGGAUAUGAAAAUAAUAUUUAGCCUUAGCCUGUAUUGAGAUUUAAAUUUAGAUAUUUAUGCAUCACUUAUGUAUCAUUGUAGUUUGUGUUUCCUGAAUGUUUAUCCAAUAUUAUAUGUGACAUAAAAAUAGAUGUCUGACAGAGAAUAUUUAUUUUGUUGCCCUACUUUCUGGAUUGUACAUCCUAUUUCUUAGUGAAACACUUUUUAAGCUCUCAAAGUUAAAUAAACACACACAUCAUUGAUACGUU